AUGUAUCGGAAGUUGUCUAAGUUAGAACACUCGGAAAUAAAACAACUUCUUACAGAAGCUAAUAUAGAUGUUGCAAAGCAUUACGCAACAAACAAAAAAGCACUCGCUGACUUCAUUAAAGACUACAAUGGUGCAAUAAGUUAUGAUAGAAUUCAUGAGUUCAUAAAGCCGCAACGCGGCGAGGACGAAGUCCAUGCAAGAGCAUUUCCUUUAAAUGACAUUGCUAUUGACUUAUAUCAUAGACGUUCAAUACCUCAUGAAGUAAGAAGAGAAAUGUUUGACAUAACAAAUGCAAACGUUGGUGAAACAAGAAGAGCUGUACCUCAUGAAGUAAGAAGAGAGAUGUUUGACAUAACAAAUGCAAACGUUGGUGAAACAAGAAGAGCUGUACCACAUGAAGUAAGAAGAGAAAUGUUUGACAUAACAAAUGCAAACGUUGGUGAAACAAGAAGAGCUGUACCACAUGAAGUAAGAAGAGAAAUGUUUGACAUAACAAAUGCAAACGUUGGUGAAACAAGAAGAGCUGUACCACAUGAAGUAAGAAGAGAAAUGUUUGACAUAACAAAUGCAAACGUUGGUGAAACAAGAAGAGCUGUACCACAUGAAGUAAGAAGAGAAAUGUUUGACAUAACAAAUGCAAACGUUGGUGAAACACGAAAGAGAGAUGACACACUGAAACAACAGAGAAGAGAGAUGUUUAAAAGUGCUAUAGAACAAGUUCGCAAAGCUAACGAUGUCAUUCGUUCCAUUGACGACAAACCAAAAGAAGGUGAGAGAUGGUUAAAGAAAGAUGAAGAGAAUAGGAAGAGAAAUGUGAAGUCAGGCAAUAGACUCAUUGACUUUAACAUCGAAGCUUUAGAUGAACCAAACAGAGACUAUUUACACAAACAUUUCGGUAAGGUUUUCAUGAGACUCUUAGAGAAGAUUAAAAUAAACUCCCAACAGAGAUGGAUGGUAUGUUAUAAACUUGGUGGAAAGUAUGAAUGUUCUACGUUAAACCUCAAUAAUAUUGGAACAUUACUACAUCAGCUCUUGAAGGAGAACUUUAUAUCAGAGAUAGAAGCAAAUGCUGCAGGUAUUGUUGAAAUGCACUAUGACUUCUUCUUGACAAACAUAAAGAAUCUUACCGAAAUAAAGAUGUAUGAUUUAACAGAAUAUGAAGGCUUAACGAUGUCAGAUGUAAAGAAAGGCAAACCAAAAAAGAGACCAUAUAGAGAUGAAAGCACACUGACAAAUGACCAGAAAGCCAUUUUGGAAGCUCUUAAGCAAACAGGAAACCCAGCACUUAUAGAAAGCUUUUGGAAAGAUAAUGGUGAAAAGAAGUUUUAUAAGAAGAGAAGCGGUCAGUUCUGGAAGUAUCUUUGCACAUUACCUAUAAAU